AUGUCCACGUUCGGCGGUGUCCUGUCGGAGUUUCCCGAAAUUCAAAUUGACUUCUUCCGCCGAAUCGAGGGACGCCUACCCCCACUCGCCUGCUUCCUCAGCCAUGUCCACAGCGAUCACCUCGCCGGGCUGGACGCGCUGCGUUCGCCGUUCGUCUACUGCUCCGCCGCCACCCGUGAGAUUCUGCUGCGGCUGGAGAGAUACCCGUGUCGUGUAAACUAUGCCAAGGAGCUGCUGGAAGCGAGGCAGCAAACGUACAAGCACCUCGGCAACCUGCUGAAGCCUAUACCCCUGGAAACCCCAACAAGGCUGGAGUUGGCUCCGAACUUGGAGAUACAAGUCACCUUGUUCGAUGCAAACCAUUGCCCCGGGGCCGUCAUGUUCUUGAUUGAGCGCGAUGACACGGCAGUCCUGUAUACCGGUGAUAUUCGGAGUGAGCCCUGGUUUGUCAACUCCAUCGCCAGGCACCCGGCCUUGGUUGAGUAUACGUCCGGCAUCCGCACGCUGGACAAGAUCUACCUCGACACCUCCUUCACCGACAACGUUCCGUUCCAGACCAAGCGAGAGGGCAUUGCCGAGCUUCUGCGCAAGGUCGCUCUCUAUCCAUCCGACACGGUGUUUUACUUUCAAACCUGGACGUACGGCUACGAGGAAGUCUGGCUCGCCCUCUCCAAGGCCCUCGGGUCCAAGGUCCAUGUUGACGAGUACAAGAUGAGGAUAUACACGGCCCUGUCGGGAAAGACCGGCGACCAUCGGUUCGCGGCGCUGACGGGGUACAUGUGCGGCAACGCGUGGCACCCGGGCUGCCUCACGGCGGACGAGGGCGCUCGCCUGCACAGUUGCGAAAAGGGAAACCUGUGCGCCGUCGCGAGCGAGCCAAACGUUGUGAGGAUACAGCCGAUUGUGGCGCAUCUAGGCGACGGGACAGACAUUGUCGAGGCCGGAGUCGGCGGCGGCGGGAAUGACUUUCAGCGGGAUGCUGUGCUGGGGUCCUUAUCACCCCAAGAUGUCACCGCACUGCAGGAGCUCAUGAAAGAAGUCGGCCAAGAUGACGCCGCUUUCUUCCAAUCUCUACUCCAGACCAUGACAUCGGGACGAGACAUGCCCCUCGGCUUGACAAUGGAUCUGUUUGGAGAGGGCCUCACGACCAGCAUAGACAAGUUGGCCACCAUGCUAAGUCGCAGACGCAAUUCGAACCCCAACAACACAACGCCGCUGGCGACGAGUCUGCCACGCGUGAUUCGCUUUCCCUAUGCCCGGCACUCUUCCUACGAGGAGCUCUGCCACCUGGUCGGCACUUUCAAACCGCUCGACGUGUGGCCGUGCACAGAGGACGCCCGGUGGUGGUGGCGUAACGGCCAUUCCAUUGCCUCAUACUUUGGCGAGUUUUGCUCCGGCACCGACUUUGCGUACGACCGGAUGCUGCAGGUGGCGUACCCGGACCCUCCCCCUCCGCCGCCGGAGGAAGACGAAGACGCGCGGAGCACGCAGACGUCGAAGUUAGCCUCUGUGAAUAUCUCGGAGCGGCCGUCGUCGUCGUCUCAGUGGAGACACGUCGGCCCGGAUGACGAGGAGCGGCCGGACCUGCCCGCGCCCAAGAGGCCGCGGACCGAGGCGGACGACCAGGAGGCGUCGCAGCGCAGCGUGGCAUCGCGCAUCAUGGACACGGACUCUGCGGUCCGGUGGGACGCGUACACACGCACGCUGGACGGGCUCUACGACGGCGACUGGGGCACGUUUCCGCUGCUUUCGACCACGGACCAUCAUAGCAAGCGAGAAGAAGAAUUAUAG